CAACUGGAUCAUUCACUUUCUAGGUGACCUGUGUUAUUGAUUCGUUUGUUGCUGCUGCAUCUUCCGGGCCCAAGCCUCCAUCCAAUUGGAUCAUCGGUGCCUCCGAUCGCCCCUCCCCUUGCCGGCCGGCGGAGCGCACGGUUCGACGCUGCAUUGGCAUUGCACCCAGCAUCGGGUGUCAUUGUUCUAGAGAAUCCCAUCCGAUUGGAUUGGACUGAAAUGCUUGGGCAAAUUCGAUUCGAAUUUGCUCAAGCAUUCGCCUCGAUUCCCGGGCGGUAGCUGACCAGUCGGGAACCGGCCGAGGCGACGCCGAUGGGCAUCUUGUGUUGCUUCCAGUCCCACGCUGGCGGCGGGGGCGGCCAUGAUCAGGCUGUUCCUUCCUCGUCGGCGGCUUCUCCGUCCUCUGCCACCUCGUCGAGCGGAAACAAGGAUCGUCCUCUUUCCGAGCGCAACAACAGCGUUGAUUACAGCAACCUCGUGGCCCUCGUCAACGAGAUCGUCGGCGACUCAGUGAGUUACCGCCACAAGCGCGUGGCCGAUGAGAUCCUCAAGAUGGGCAAGGCCGGCAAGGUGACGGCGCGCGCCUUCACGUACGCGGAGCUGUCCGAGGCCACCGGCGGCUUCCGGCCGGAGUCGCUGCUGGGCGAGGGCGGCUUCGGCCCCGUGUACCGCGGGCGGCUGCCCCCCAAGUCGACGGGCCCGGAGGUGGCCGUCAAGCAGCUGGACCGCAACGGCAUGCAGGGCACGCGCGAGUUCCUGGUGGAGGCGCUGAUGCUGAGCCUGCUCAAGCACCCCCACCUGGUGACGUUGCUGGGCUUCUGCACCGACGCCAACCACCGCAUGCUGGUCUACGAGUACAUGCCGCUGGGGUCCCUGGAGGACCACCUGCUGGACCUGCCCCCGGGGCGCGCGCCUCUGGAGUGGGCCACGCGCAUGCGCGUCGCGCAGGGCGCCGCGCGGGGGCUCGAGUACCUGCACGACACCGCGCAGCCGCCCGUGAUCUACCGCGACUUCAAGGCCUCCAACAUCCUCCUCGACACCGGCUUCCGCGCGCGCCUCUCCGACUUCGGGCUCGCCAAGGUCGGCCCCUCCGGCGACAAGACCCACGUCUCCACGCGUGUCAUGGGCACCUACGGCUACUGCGCGCCCGAGUACGCGCUCACCGGCAAGCUCACCACCAUGUCCGACGUCUACAGCUUCGGCGUCGUCUUCCUCGAGAUCAUCACCGGCCGCCGCGCCAUCGACACGACCAGGCCACCGGACCAGCACAACCUCGUGCUCUGGGCGGGGCCGCGCUUCAAGAACAAGCGCCGGUUCGCCGAGAUGGCCGACCCGAUGCUCCAGGGCGACUACCCCACCAAGGGCCUCCACCAGGCGCUCGCCAUCGCUGCCAUGUGCCUCCAGGAGGACGCCACCAUGCGCCCCGGCAUCAGCGACGUCGUCACCGCGCUCGACUACCUCACCGUGGCAGGCGGAGGCACCACCGAUAUCGAUGACGACGACCAGGGUCCGGAUCCCGAUGAGCAGCAGCAAACCGACGACGACGCGCAAGCUUAACAUGUCCGAUGGAAAUUCGAAGGAAAUUCCGAGGCGUGAAUUGCCCAUACAUGGUCAUUUUAUAUGCAUGCAUAUGUGUAUGUAAAUUCGUACAUAUACUGUGUUGCUGUGUAUAUCCCAUCGAUCGAUCGAUGGAAG